CCUGCGGUCAGCUGUGAUGGCUGAGUCUCGGAGGGUUCAGUUGACUACGUUGUCCUGUGAUUAUGGACCUUCGUCCUCUGGCGGACCGGCCUCGGACCAGAAGCCUCCGUCAGGUGACCUGCAGGAGGAGAAAGACGGCGGUUCAGGUGGAGCCGCCGACACCGGCACAGUCCGGCUGGAGGUCGCGUUAUUUGAGGCCGAUGAGAGGAGCUUUCCGGAGUUCAGCUACAGUCAGCUCGUUGACAACAAGAUGAGCAGAUUUAAAGAGGAAGAAAAGAGGGACAACGAUGAGGUUGCUACUAUUUCAAAGAAGUUGGAAAAGAAAUAUGGUGGUAAACCUAAGGAGGACCGCAUUCAGGACUUGAUUGAUAUCGGAUUCGGUUAUGAUGAAGAGGAUUCUUUCAUUGACAACUCUGAGGCUUACGACGAAUUUGUGCCGGCUUCCAUCACAACCAAAUUAGGUGGAUUCUAUGUAAAUAUGGGCAUGCUGCACUUCCGCCCGGCUUCUGAGACUGAGGACCUCGCAACCGAAGAGGAAACACUCGAGCCCUCAGAAAAAAGUAGCGUCAAUGGAGGACGGGGUAAGCCGAAGAGGAAGAAGAAGAAGCGGUGCAGAGAAGGUGGAGCGAUCAUAACAAAUGUGGAUCCCAACUCAAGCAUGUUGUCUGAAAUCGGACCGGACGACGAGAUGAGGAAGAAAAAGAAGAGACAGGCUGCCGGCACAUUGAGCGUCACCAGCAUGUUGAAGAAGUUUCAAAGGGAGAAGGAGAAGGAGCGUCAGAAGAAGGAGAAAGCAAAUCAGAAGAGUGCUGCCAUCAUGGCCGCCAUCACCAUCCCUCUGUGUCCGGCAGACGCCGGCGGGGGCGGAGGGUCGGGGUUGACUGACCCGCUCCUCAGUUUAAUCGGCUCAACCAAUGACCACGCCCUUAUCCAAGCGGCCAACGCGGUGGAUUUCGAUAUCGAUUUAGACUCUUUGUUAGACGUCACCGAACAGACUUCGUCACCUAAUAUGGCGCCACAACCUGCGACUGAGACGCAGCUGUUCAGGUCCAAAGCGGACGAUCCGACCCGGCCUGAUGCCGCCCCUCAAGUCCAACCUCCAAACCCGGAGACCAACUUGCAGCUCAAGCCUCAAUCGGAGCAAAUCCAGCCCUCGUCACAAAGCAGCUCUACCUCAACUCAUCAGUGCGUCCCGCUGCCAGAGGGACUUCCCCCACGACUGGAAGACAGCGUACGAAGACUCAUGGCGGUUGCCAAGACGUCUGAGGGAGAGUCGAAGCUCAAGUUCUUCACUCCGGAAAUCAACUCGGUCCUGCUAGAUAUCGAGGUGCAGUGUCGGGAGCAGGGCGUCCAGCUGCGCUCCAAGGUGUACACGCACCUGUCGUCAUUCCUGCCCUGCAGCAGAGACACGCUCCUCAAACGCGUAAAGAAACUGUUUCUCGCGCACACGGAGGAGCCCCCAGAUGUGGACGAUCCCAUGCAGAAACUGAAGGAGGCCAUCGGCAGAGCUAUGCCCCAGCAGAUGGCGUGUUUCAACCAAAACUGCCAAGUGUAUGAGCAGGUCAAGGCUUUAAAGGCCACAGAGGAGGAGAAAGAAGGGAAGGUGAAUGUUGGCCCAGAGGACAAUGUGGAGGAGAAAGGUGGGAGAAGAGGAGGCGGUCCUAAGAAGUCGUUCAAAUGGAACGAAGAGAUCAGGGGGAGCUUGUGUGAGGUGUUAAAGGUGAGAAUGGAGAGGUAUAAGAAGGAAGGGACAGGGAGUCAGGAGACUGAGCACCACCUGAAGACCAUGUUGGACAAUGAGGUCCAACCGCUCUGGCCAAAGGGGUGGAUGCAAUCCCGGGUGCUGAUCAGGGAGAGCAGGAAAAUGUUGAGCCUCUUUACAUCAUUACCAGUAAAGAGGGCUCGGCCUGAGAAGAAGCAGCCGUCUGUCGGUGGCCCCCGCGCUACGUCGGACGGCUGCAGCGUUCUCCAGGGGCCUCCGCCACUGAGAGGACUCGCCCAAGAGGCAGCCGACGUCAUUAUCGUGAGCUCAAAUAGCAGCAACUCUACGUCGCUCGGCACUGAGAAGAAGGAAGCCGCUGACUUGAAAAGGGUUGAGAGUGCAACGGGCGAGGUGGCAGUGGAUGCUGGUUCCUCUACACUCGCGAAGGCGGACAAACCUCCGGUCGACAUCACAUCUGCUCCAAAUCGGUCACUUCUGGAUCUCCUCGCCGAUCAAGCGCUGGCUCGGGAGCAACCUUUCUCCGUUUCCCAGGAGCUCAUAGCAGCAGCUGUUGCGAAAUACAAACGUUCAGUUCAGCACUGGAGCUUUGGGGUGGACACCAAAAGUCCUCCUUUUCUUUCUCCUCCUCCUCCUCCUCCUCCUCAGUCCAGCCCAGUCGGCUUCCCAAUGAGUGGGGUGUGUCAUGUUGUUUUGCCCAAUUUGCUGCAGGUUGCCAGGCACAUGGAUGCCAGCCAUGUGCAGAUCAUCUCUGAUGACGAGGACAUUACUACCCAAUGACGGUGCAGAUUUACACACGCAGUUUCCUUGGCGUUGGACUGGACACAGGAGUUACGAUACCAGAAUCGGCUGUGGAAAUGAGCUAAUGAGCUAAUAUUAAUUUGUCAAGUUGUGGUUCUCUGCCAAAGAUGUGAUGUCAUGUCCUCUCUGUUUGGAUGAGUGUGUCAUCUGAGAGAAAAGAGUUAAUUCUUGUGGUUUUGACCCAUGAAGGGAGAAGUGGUACGUAUACCAAUGAACUGAGGACUCACUCAUUAUGUUUCUCAUCAAACAGUGAGAAACAUCGGAAGAGUCACCUGUGAUAACGAGCCUUUUGCUGACUUGUAUUUGUGAAUGAUUUACUUUAAAUAAAUAUUAAAAGCUUA